AUGGAGCGCACCUUUAGAGAACAGUUGUUCUUACUGGUCUUGUGUCUAUCUGCUCUCAAAGGAGACUCCAGGGACAUCGAGAAUAACGAGAUAUCUAGGGAUGAUUUAUAUUCAGUUUUUAAUCUGGAUCUCAAGAGGGAAAUUCCAGAAAUACCUGAAGAGCUCAUCUAUCACCGAAGUUUGCGUUGUCUGGACAUGAUUGCGGUGGAGGGGCAGUUCACCUUCACAGCGGAACGCCCUCAUCUUAACUGUGCUACGUUUUUCAUGGCUGAGCCCAAUGAAGUUAUCAGCUUAGAGUACGACAAUGUGGACAUCCACUGCAGAGGAGGGGAUUUCAUCACGGUAUUUGAUGGCUGGAUGAUGAAAGGGGAGAAAUUUCCCAGUUCGCAGGAUCACCCUCUGCCACUGUUUGAGCGCUAUGUGGAUUACUGUGAAUCGGGUGCUGUGAGAAAAAAUGUGCGCGCCAACCAGAACGUGGCUAUGCUGUUUUUUCGCAUCCACAAUGAGGGCAGCAGUUUCACCAUUACGGUUAGAAAGCACGUAAAUCCUUUUCCUUGUAAUGUCAUCUCACAGUCGCCAGAGGGCAGUUAUACGAUGGUGAUCCCUCAGCAGCACAGGAACUGCAGCUUUUCUAUUGUUUAUCCUGUGGAAAUAGAGAUCUCUGAAUUCAGUCUAGGCCACUACAAUAACAUUGCUAAGCGGUUGUUGCCUGGCUGUGCUGAAACAGGAGACUUUGUGCAGCUGCUGGGAGGAAACUCCAUUGACUCGUCCAAACUAAUGCUCGUCACUGACCUCUGCAUCUCAUUCACUGACCCCAUCCAAAUGAAGAUCAGCUGUGAGAACACUGUGGUGAGGAUGGUUUCUAGUGGGAGGUUCAUAAACCAAGUAUCCUUCAGUUACAGGCUUUUAAACAGCCAGGAGCUGCAGAGCUUCAAAUCCAACAGCAUAGAUGACUUCUGCAUCAGUAACUGACAACAGCCAUCAAUCUGUCAUUAACACCAAUGCUCAAAAACACA